GGGAGGCAUGAUGCCACCGGGCAGCCCUUUUUAAGAGAAAAUCCAGGACCGGUGGAAGAGCGACCCCUGAGCAGCGAUCCGGGUGCUGAGCACGGUGCUGAGCGCAGGGAUCCCGCGGCUGCCGCGUUACAGCAACAUGAGCGAGCGACAAGGCACUGGGGCAACCAAUGGAAAAGACAAGACGUCUGGCGAAAAUGACGGGCAGAAGAAAGUUCAAGAAGAAUUUGACAUUGACAUGGAUGCGCCAGAGACAGAACGCGCGGCGGUGGCCAUUCAGUCUCAGUUCAGAAAAUUCCAGAAGAAAAAGGCUGGGUCCCAGUCCUAGCGGGAGAGCCCCCUCCUAGUCUUCCAGAAGACACCGAAUUCAACCAUCAUCUGUCAAAGAAAUUAAAAGAACAACACCCUAGAGAGAAUUCAUCUGCACACGAUACACACAUGCACACCCGACCUGCAAUGCAUGUACAGAGACCCGUGAUAUUUAUUCCCUGAUAGGAAGGUGUAGACAAUGCAGCUGUGAGUGGCUUCAUCUCUGUUGAUCUCUAGUAUCGUUCCUCCUGCACCUGUUUUCCUUGAUGCUGUAAUAAAAUGGAGUUACGAAGUGUGACUAAA